CUUUUUUUCAUGUAGAUACGUUUAUGCUUAGAAUCCGCAGUCAUCUUCUCUCCCCCAAAAUCUCUCCUUUACCCUAAACACAAAUGUUCAUUUCCUACAUAAAAACCUCAUUUUCUUGUAACAGUCUCCAGCCCCCACAAUCACUUUUUUUCUCCCUUCUAUAGUCUCUUCCUCUCUGAAAAAUCCUUAAAAUUUUCUUUUUUUUGUAACAAUCUCAUGUAAAUGGGAUUAAAUUUUGUAAAAAGAUAAGAUUUUGAUAAAAGGGGUUUAAUUAUAACAUAGUAAAUUGAGAUUUUUUUUUGCUUUGCUAGUUUGCUUUAAUGGCGGCUGAUAACAUUUAUGAUUGUGUAGCCUCAAAUCUUAUAUGUACAGAAACAAAAAGUCUUUGUUUUGAUGAUCUUGAUUCUUUGACUAUAAGUCAACAGAAUAUUGAAACUAACAGUAACGACUUGAGCUUUAACAAUGGUUUUAGAUCAGAACCAUUGAUUGAUUUGCCAAGUUUAAGUGAAGAAAGCUUUGGUUUUAUGGUGCAAAGGGAAAUGGAGUUUUUGCCUAAAGAUGAUUAUUUGGAGAGAUUGAGAAAUGGAGAUUUGGAUUUGAGUGUGAGAAAAGAGGCUCUUGAUUGGAUUUGGAAGGCUCAUAUGGACUAUGGAUUUGGAGAGCUAAGUUUUUGUUUGUCGAUAAAUUACUUGGAUCGGUUUCUAUCUCUGUAUGAAUUGCCAAGAAGUAAAACUUGGACAGUUCAAUUGUUAGCUGUGGCCUGUCUAUCACUUGCAGCCAAAAUGGAAGAAAUUAAUGUUCCUUUGACUGUUGAUUUACAGGUAGGGGAUCCCAAAUUUGUAUUUGAAGGCAAAACUAUACAAAGAAUGGAACUUUUGGUACUAAGCACAUUGAAGUGGAGAAUGCAAGCUUAUACACCUUGCACAUUCAUAGAUUAUUUUGUGAGAAAGAUGAAUGGUGAUCAAAUCCCAUCUCGGCCGUUGAUUUCUAGAUCAAUACAACUGAUAUUAAGCAUAAUAAAAGGUAUUGAUUUCUUGGAAUUCAGGUCUUCUGAAAUUGCAGCAGCAGUGGCAAUAUCUGUUUCAGGAGAAAUACAAGCAAUAGACAUUGAUACAAUGCCUUGCUUCUUCAUACACUUAGACAAGGGUAGAGUGCAGAAGUGUGUUGAACUGAUUCAAGAUUUGCCAACUGCUACUAUUAUUACUACUACUACUGCCUCAUUAGUACCUCAAAGUCCUAUUGGAGUGUUGGAAGCAGAAGCAUGCUUGAGCUACAAAAGUGGUGAUGAGAGAACAGUUGGAUCAUGUACAACUUCUUCACAUACUAGUCCAAAUACUAAAAGGAGAAAACUUGACACAUCAUCUUUAGAGGAAGGGACUACAGAAAAGUUGUGAAUCUCAAUUUUCCCUUUUUUUUUUAAAAAAAAAAAUCCCCACCAUCUCCAAGUCCAAUCAAAUUUUGGCUAAAUGGAAGAUUUGGUGUGGCCUUGAAAAAGUCACAAAAGAGGAGAGUAGAAAAUAUACAAAAAAGAAGGGUGAGGUGGGGUGGGGUGGAUGGGGGGAGGGGUUCAUUGCUUUUAGCAUGAAAAGAAUUGUCACUAGUUAAUAAAAACUCUCCUGAGUUGUCAAUAACCAUAUUAAGAGGAGGUUGAGGGGUAAAAUGGAAUUUUGGAAAGGGCCAUCAAUUUUGGUAGGGAUAUACUUUUUUCUUGUUCAUUUUUGGCUUAUUAUUGUUAUUUCAUUGGAAAAAUAAAGAAUGAUAAAAGGGGAAGAAAAAAGAGAAAACUAAAAGGCAGUGGAGGCUAAGUAGAUGGUAUUGCUUUAUUAGUUCUAUUAACAGUGAAAUGAAAUGCAUUUACAUUGUGUCCCCAAUUUUCUUUGGAAUAAGCAGUAGAAGAGAUGUUAUAAAGAAGGCAAAUUCUAAUACUAUUUGAGAAAUGCGUUUUGCUCUUGAAUU